UCCCCCCAGCGCCGCGGAGGGGGGAGGAGGAAGAUGGAGACCCACAUCUCGUGCUUGUUCCCCGAGCUGCUGGCCAUGAUAUUCGGCUACCUGGACGUCCGGGAUAAGGGGCGCGCGGCGCAGGUGUGCACGGCCUGGCGGGACGCCGCCUACCACAAGUCGGUGUGGCGGGGGGUGGAGGCCAAGCUGCACCUGCGCCGGGCCAACCCGUCGCUGUUCCCCAGCCUGCAGGCCCGGGGCAUCCGCCGGGUGCAGAUCCUGAGCCUGCGCCGCAGCCUGAGCUACGUGAUCCAGGGCAUGGCCAACAUCGAGAGCCUCAACCUCAGCGGCUGCUACAACCUCACCGACAACGGGCUGGGCCACGCGUUCGUGCAGGAGAUCGGCUCUCUGCGCGCUCUAAACCUGAGCCUCUGCAAGCAGAUCACCGACAGCAGCCUGGGCCGCAUAGCCCAGUACCUCAAGGGCCUGGAGGUGCUGGAGCUGGGGGGUUGCAGCAACAUCACCAACACCGGCCUUCUGCUCAUCGCCUGGGGUCUACAGCGCCUAAAGAGCCUUAACCUCCGCAGCUGUCGCCACCUCUCGGACGUGGGCAUUGGGCACCUGGCCGGCAUGACGCGCAGCGCGGCCGAAGGCUGCCUGGGCCUAGAGCAGCUCACACUGCAGGACUGCCAGAAGCUCACGGAUCUUUCCCUAAAGCACAUCUCCCGAGGCCUGACGGGCCUGAGGCUCCUCAACCUCAGCUUCUGCGGGGGCAUCUCGGACGCAGGUCUCCUGCACCUGUCGCACAUGGGCAGCCUACGCAGCCUUAACCUGCGCUCCUGCGACAACAUCAGUGACACGGGCAUCAUGCAUCUGGCCAUGGGCAGCCUGCGCCUCUCGGGGCUGGAUGUGUCGUUCUGUGACAAGGUGGGGGACCAGAGUCUGGCUUACAUAGCCCAGGGGCUGGACGGCCUCAAGUCCCUCUCUCUCUGCUCCUGCCACAUCAGUGAUGAUGGCAUCAACCGCAUGGUGCGGCAGAUGCACGGGCUGCGCACGCUCAACAUUGGACAGUGUGUGCGCAUCACGGACAAGGGUCUGGAGCUGAUAGCUGAGCACCUGAGCCAGCUCACUGGCAUAGACCUAUACGGCUGUACCCGAAUCACCAAGCGCGGCCUGGAGCGCAUCACCCAGCUGCCCUGCCUCAAGGUACUCAACUUGGGACUCUGGCAGAUGACGGACAGUGAGAAGGUCAGGUGAGGGCGGCAGCACCAGCUCCCCUUGUCCCGCCAUGCCCGUCGUCCCUCACCACCACCGUCCCCUACACGCACGCACACUUAUACAUAGAUCAUUGCAGCCCAUGAGAUGGGGCAGUGACACGCAGCCUCGGCUCAUUUUCUCCCUCCUCUAGCGCCCCUCCCCACUGCCAGUCCAUUCUCAUUGCGUCUGGGGGUCCUCUGCUACCCCUACUCCCCUCUCCUUUUCCCUGCGGAUGGAGAGAUGGACUCUGCUGCUCAGCCACCCACUCCUCUCUGCAGAGGGAUGUAGAAGGACUGAUUCAGCUACUGUGUCCCCACUGUGUUGCAUUCGGGGGUGGGGGUGGGGAGUGACUAGUCCUUUCACCCUGGGGAGUUGAGGAAAAUGUCUGCCUUCACUUAAGCUUUCAUUUGAAUACUGUGAUCUGGUUUUUAUUUGAAAUGCAUAAAAAGCAAACCCAACUACAACGGCCUUUUCACCCUUCUUCCACUUUGUAACUAAUCCCGGUCUCUUCUCGUCUCUUCUUUACAGUACUUGCUAUUCACACUCGUUUCACUUUUAUCUUCUUUCCUUUUUCCUAAUUUUUUGAAGAAAUUUGAAAUCAUGGUCCUUUUUGUUUCUGCUGAAUAUAGUCUAUAUAUUAUAUAUAUAUAUAUAUAUAAAUUAUAUAUAUAUAUAUGUGUGUGUGUGUGUGUCUGGCUACCUCGUUUUAGUUUAUUUUUUUCUCUGAAGCCCUGGAAUUCUACAAGAGAGCUAUUUUGAGACUGAAACAUUUUUGUGCCUAGACUGGAAAGAUGCCCAUUGGGUUUGUACGUCUUUUUUGUUUUGGCUUCCUCCCAACCUCCAUCCAUCCAGCGUGUCCCACUUUCACAUUCUGGCUAUCAUUUUCUUUUUCUCCUUGUCCAUUGGGAUUUGAGAACCCAACGGUGUUUCUAAAUCUUGACUUAAUUUAUAGCACAAAUGUGUGGGAGAAAUGAGAGUUGAACUGUUUUUUGUGUGUGUGUUUGAGAUGCAGAUUGUGUCUUGAAAAUGAUUAUUAUAUAUGCAAAUUCUGCCCUACCCUCACCCUCUUCCAAGUUUCCCCACAACAAGGUCACACAGUGAGGCUUCCUGUUGGAAGCAGAGGAGCAGAGUUGGCCUACAGAGACCCUGGGGCUGUAAUGCGAAGGGAGGAGACUGAAAUUCGUGUCUUAUUCUCUGUUCUGUUAAUAAAAUGGGAGUUUGUGGGUUUUAAAAAAUUCUGUUUCUAAAUGGAGGAAUAGAUGACUUUAUUUUGGUGGGGGUUGGGACUUGUGGCUUUAAAAAAUAUCGCUUUUGAGUAGGAUGUAUAUUUUUGUUGGAUUUUUUUGUUUAUUUUUUUAGAAGCCUCCACAGCAACAUGCGAGGGACCAUGGAGUUAAAGAAACCCAGAGACCUUUAUCAAUUAAUUGUACUGUUUGUGAAUUUGUAUAAAUAAUAACAAAGAUCCUCUUAAAACGUUUAUAUUCUUACAGUAAAAGGUUAAACUGAUAUUUAUAUAAUAAAAGAGGAAAUAUGAAGUAUGUUUUUGAAAAAAACAAAAAAACCCAAAAAACCUUGUAUCUGUGAAUUAUUUUUAAGGCAUUGUGUGUUUGGGUACAUGCCAAAGUAGGAGGUGCUGUUCGUAUGCUCUGAAGUAAAAGGAAGUAAGGAAGAGUUUGGUGCAUCCUCUGGUGUGAGGAAGCUCACAGUUAAAAAUGUAUUCUGUAUAAGGGUUACUACUGACAUCCAAAUGUUUUGUUUCUAGAAAUGUGAUUAGACUGGAGAUUUACAUAAUUUUUGGUUUUAAGCUGUCUGUCAACAACGUGGAAAUUUAAAGAAAUUGAACAAAAUGAAACUUUUUCAAAAACCA